AAGUUUGGUAGUUCGAAGCCGUUUGUUUUUCUCCACCAAACUGAACUCGAAUGUACCUUGACAUUUUUUUAUACGUAAGAAUUAUGGUAACUUGAGAACAAAGGCAGUCAUAGCUACCCAAUAUAACAAACCAAAUAACAAUGGUUGCAUUUCCCUUCAACUACAGGUUUUCUUUGUUUGUUUGUUAUUUCAUUGUCUAGAAUCAUGGAAAGAUUUGUUCUUCUUCCCUUUGGAUGUGUUUCUGAAUCAGGUGUGGCGGUUGCUGGUCAGCAGCAGCAAUCUGGAAGAUCAAAUUCAAAGCUUGCAGAUACCCGAGCACGACAUGAAGAAGAAGAAGAGGAAGAAGAUAAAGAAAGUUUAUCCAUGAAGUCCGACGUAACUGGGUUUCAUAAACUGUUCAAGGGUUUCAAGACAUUUUCACAUUUAUUUGUGUACAAGGAAGAGACGGAAUAUUCGGAGGAUGAUAUGGAAAUAGGGUUGCCAACAGAUGUAAAGCACGUAGCACACGUAGGAUUGGACGAAUCUCCAUCAAGCAGCCCCAGCAUGAGCAUGAACACGGGCAGCUGGGAUUAUCUUUUCUUGCCUCAAUUACACCUCUUCACUUUCCCAUCUGAUCCUUCAUCAUGUGAAGCCAUCGAAACACAGGCAGCCGUUCGAUCUUCUACUUGAAACAAACCAAAAUGUCAUUGGCAAAUCAUAUUAUUGUUGU